GUUACCUCCAAAAAAAGCCACCAGUGUAUUCCACACGUGUGAGGAAAGAGUGGGUGAGAUCUGUGCAUCGGUUAUUCAUUAUCAGCGAAGAUGGGGAAAGGGUGUGGACAGGAAGGCAGCCCUGAGGCGGCUCAAACAGGAGGAAGGAGAAAGAGGAAAGAGAAAGAUUUAGAUGAGCUGAAGAAAGAGGUGUCACUGAAUGAUCAUAAGCUGUCUCUUGACGAGGUCAGCGCUCAUUAUGGAGUUGACCUUACCAAAGGUUUGACCCAUAAGAGAGUGAUUGAAAUUCUGGCCCGUGAUGGUCCAAAUGCACUGACCCCGCCGCCCACCACACCAGAGUGGGUGAAGUUCUGUAAACAGCUGUUUGGAGGAUUCUCUAUCCUGCUGUGGAUCGGUGCCAUACUUUGCUUUUUUGCAUACAGUAUUCAGGCGGCCACUGUGGAAGAACCUGUCAAUGACAAUUUGUAUCUGGGUGUGGUGCUUUCUGCAGUGGUCAUUAUUACUGGCUGCUUCUCCUAUUAUCAAGAAGCCAAAAGCUCCAGGAUCAUGGAGUCUUUCAAAAACAUGGUGCCUCAGCAAGCUUUGGUGAUUCGUGAGGGUGAAAAGAUUCAGAUAAAUGCAGUGGAUGUGGUUCAGGGAGAUCUGGUGGAGAUCAAGGGUGGAGACAGAAUCCCAGCAGACCUUCGGAUCAUCUCCUCAAGCAGCUGCAAGGUGGAUAACUCCUCCCUCACUGGAGAGUCAGAACCUCAGACCCGUUCUCCAGAGUUCACACAUGAAAAUCCCCUGGAGACCAGAAACAUCAGCUUCUUCUCCACCAACUGUGUCGAGGGCACAGCCCACGGUAUUGUGAUCGCCACAGGUGAUCGUACAGUGAUGGGUCGCAUUGCGACUCUGGCGUCGGGUCUGGAAGUGGGUCAGACACCCAUCAACAUGGAGAUCGAGCACUUCAUUCAUAUCAUCACGGGUGUGGCCAUCUUCCUGGGCAUGUCCUUCUUCAUGCUGUCACUCAUUCUUGGCUACUCUUGGCUGGAGGCUGUCGUCUUUCUCAUCGGCAUCAUUGUUGCCAAUGUUCCCGAGGGCCUGCUUGCUACUGUCACUGUGUGUUUGACUCUAACUGCAAAACGUAUGGCUCGUAAGAACUGUCUGGUGAAGAAUCUUGAGGCUGUGGAGACUCUGGGUUCCACAUCUACCAUCUGCUCUGAUAAAACUGGAACCCUGACUCAGAACCGGAUGACCGUUGCUCACAUGUGGUUUGACAACCAGAUCCACGAGGCUGACACCACCGAGGAUCAAUCAGGCUGUGGGUUUGAUAAAAGCUCUCCUACCUGGUUCUCUCUGUCUCGAGUGGCUGGACUCUGUAACCGUGCUGUCUUCAAACCUGGACAAGAGGACAUACCUUACAGCAAGAGGGAUACAUCAGGUGAUGCAUCAGAAUCUGCUCUGUUGAAGUGUGUCGAGCUCUCGUCCGGAUGCGUUCAGACACUCAGACAGAACAACCCUAAAAUGGUGGAAAUCCCAUUCAACUCAACCAACAAAUACCAGCUGUCUAUUCAUGAGGUGGAGGACAGUCCCGGUGGACACCUGCUUGUGAUGAAGGGAGCACCAGAGAGGAUCUUGGACAGGUGCAGUUCCAUAAUGAUCAACGGUGAGGAGCAUACAAUGGACGAGGACUGGAAGGAUGCAUUUCAGGGAGCCUACAUGGAGCUGGGUGGCCUUGGAGAAAGAGUUCUGGGGUUCUGUCACCUGUACCUCUCUCCCUCUCAGUUCCCAUUGGGGUUUGAGUUUGACGGUGAUGAAGUGAAUUUCCCCAUCAAUCAGCUUUGUUUUCUGGGUUUAAUUUCCAUGAUUGAUCCUCCCCGAGCUGCAGUGCCAGAUGCUGUUGGCAAGUGCCGUUCUGCUGGGAUUAAGGUAAUCAUGGUAACAGGUGACCAUCCCAUAACUGCCAAGGCCAUCGCUAAAGGCGUCGGCAUCAUCUCCGAGGGCAAUGAGACGGUGGAUGAUAUCGCUGGAAGACUUAAUAUACCACUAAGCCAAGUCAAUCCACGAGAUGCUAAGGCCUGUGUAAUUCAUGGUUCAGACCUGAAGGAUAUGAGCGCUGAGUAUCUGGAUGAUAUUCUGAGGAACCAUACAGAGAUUGUGUUUGCUCGCACUUCACCUCAACAAAAACUCAUCAUUGUGGAGGGCUGUCAGAGACAGGGUGCAAUCGUGGCAGUGACAGGUGAUGGGGUGAAUGACUCUCCUGCACUGAAGAAGGCUGACAUUGGUGUUGCCAUGGGAAUCUCGGGGUCAGACGUCUCCAAGCAAGCUGCUGACAUGAUCCUGCUGGAUGACAACUUUGCUUCAAUUGUUACUGGAGUGGAGGAAGGCCGUCUGAUCUUUGAUAACCUGAAGAAGUCAAUUGCAUACACUCUGACCAGCAACAUCCCAGAGAUCACACCCUUCCUGCUCUUCAUCAUCGCCAGUGUGCCACUGCCCCUGGGCACUGUCACCAUCCUUUGCAUCGACCUCGGCACUGACAUGGUUCCUGCGAUCUCUCUGGCAUAUGAGUCAGCAGAGAGUGACAUUAUGAAGCGCCAGCCCCGAAACCCCAAAACUGACAAUCUGGUGAAUGAGAGGCUCAUCAGCAUGGCUUAUGGACAGAUCGGUAUGAUCCAGGCACUGGGAGGUUUCUUCACAUAUUUUGUGAUCAUGGCUGAGAAUGGUUUUCUGCCCCGAACACUGCUGGGGAUUCGACUGGACUGGGACGAUCGCACAGUAAACGAUCUAGAGGAUGGCUAUGGACAGCAAUGGUCCUUUUGUCCACUCUGGAUUUUCCUUCUCAGCCAUCACAGGUUCACGCUGGUUCCGAAUGCGUGACGAAAGUUCUUCAACACAGCUUCAAAUCUUCUCAGCUGAAGGAAACUCUAUGUUUCUGAAGAGAGAAAAGACCUCAAACUCCUGGCUCUGGCUCACCAAAUUGUCAUGGAAAUUCUAAAUACUGACCCUGGUAGACAUAAGUUCCUAAAUCACUAGCCUACCCUGCUGGUCUCCUAGUUUCCAGCUUACUGGUACCUUACUCAGUGCAUUACAAUUCAGCAUCCACCUGAGAGUUUGGCAGUGUCCUGCCUAUAGACAAUACUCAUUCAGGCCGAGAGUCUUGUAUUUCUGUCACUACACGCUAGCGAUUUCACUCUAAUACCUAACUCAUAUAUCUAGACUUAUGCUGCAGCAUAAUAAUUAACCCAGACUCCAGUUUUUGCUUUGCUUGUUUAUUAAUAUGCUGCCGGGUCCCAUCAGUCACAGCUCUGGAACAGCGGCGAAAAGUCAGAACACAGUUUAUAUAGACUGUUUUAUGUAAUCUCUCCUGAUUCUUGUUUACUUCAUUCUGAUUGGAUAUACUUCAGUUGGAAUCUUCUUAUCAGUCUGGCAAGAAAUCAACAUGAUGUACUGUAGUUACAUAAAAGAAUAUGAAAUAUAUUCCAGUAAUGUUAGCUGCACGUUUCAGUACAUGGUUUUUUAAUAAUGUUCAGGUUCUGCUUUCUAGUUCCCCCUAGACUUCCACUUGUUCUGACUUGUACCGAUUUGUACUGACUUGCACUUACCAUUCUUUGCCUCAUCCUCAGUUAUCCAUUUUAUUCAACCUCAAAUUACCAAUCACAGGUGCUACUAUAAUGAAAAAUCUUUUUCAUCAGUGAUUGUCUUUCAAAAAAUAAAAUGCAGUGUGAAUAAACUGUCAUAUUGUUCUAUGUGAGCCAUUGAAAGGUCUUCACUGGUACCAGAGGGGAACCUCAUUGGCUAUAUAUCAUAUCUGUAUCAUGUAUUAUCAGAAUCAGCUUUAUUGUCACGUAUGCUUACACAUACAAGGAAUUUGUCUUGGUGACAGGCACUUCCAGUGCACAACAAUACAAUACAGCAACAAGACAAGAGAUUUUAUAAAAAAAUUAUAAUAUUUUUUUUUUGAUAGAAAAUAAAGUAUAUAUAGAAUACACAAUAAGACUCUCUCUCUUUCUCUCUCUCUCUCUCUCUCUCUCUCUCUCUCUCUCUCUCUCUCUCUCUCUCUAUAUAUAUAUAUAUAUAUAUAUAUAUACAU